AUGUUUGUGAGGCCGGCGAACAUAGUUUUGGUGCUGAUCGUCGCCACAGCAGUGGGGCAACUCAGUAACCCGGAUAGAGUGAAGAAGUGUUCAGGUAAACGAAACAAUCCCAGUACAGAAAAAGUUGAAGAGUUCACAAUCGAUUGGGAGAUGCCGAAGAAACAAUACAACUCGCGCAAGUUUAGGGGCCCGGACUGCUUUGUCGCCAACCUUCUAAUAGAUACUCCACUACAGAGUAGCCUAGUAAGCAGACAGUGUAGUCUAAAUGCAUCUGCUGGAAAAAUCGAAGCAGGCCAAGUGAUACUCCAAUUAUCGCAGAAGAAACUGCGUUUGGCAGGACAGGAGGAUUUUGGUGCGCAAGGAGCUGAUCGUCUGUGGGAUCUAUUGGAGAAUAAACUCUGGUCAUUGCGAAGAAACCAACGCCUGAGGUUUCGGAUCACUAACGUAACGGUUGUUUCAGUCUGA